AUGUCAUCUUUUAAUAUCCCCAACAAGGUUUGUAACAACCUCGAUUCCCUCACUAGAAGAUUCUGGUGGAAACCCAAAAAUCAAGAAGGAAAUAUCCUCGCCUGGAGAUCUUGGGACAAACUCUGUUUCCCAAAAAAGCAAGGAGGUCUUGGCUUCAAAAAAGCUAAGGAAGUUAAUAACGCUCUUUUGGCCAAACUAGCUUGGAUGAUUGCAACUAAGAGAGACAGCCUAUGUAUGAGCAUCUUAAGAACCAAAUAUAAGAUCAGUCAGAAUUGGCUCUAUGCAGACUGUCCCAAACGUGCGUCACCUAUAUGGAAGGCCAUAGAGCAAGCAAAGAAAGUCAUUGUAAAGGGAGCUUGUUACUCUAUUAGGGAUGGUACUACUAUCAAUGUCUGGCAAGACCCCUGGGCUCCUUGGAUUCAGGACUUCAUCCCUGCCCCCAGAGAAGCAGCAGACGCCCAAAGACCCCUACUGGUACACCACCUUUUCGAUCCAAACCUACUUUGCUGGAAGGUAGACUUGGUCAAGGCUCUAUUUGACUCCCCAUCUGCACAAGCUAUUUUAUCAAUGCUGGUGCCUUCCAAACCGUCUCCAGACAAACUCAUUUAG